GAACAAAAGGAGUUUGAACUUAACUGUAGAAAAUGCCUAUAAUUCAAAAGAAUAAGUUCAAACUCGUAAUUACAAAUAAAAGACCUCAAGUAGGCAUUGAAACUAACCGAGUCCCAAACCUUCCCACCCGAUCUCUCAACCUCUCUAAAAAUUCUGUUGCUAGACCACUUGAAAGUACGAUUAGUAAGAUGUUUUCAAUUUUAUCUAUUUUUAGUAAGAUGGAAAUUUGCACAUUUCAAAUUUUGUGCUUGAAUGCAUUUUCUUUGUAGGGUUGGUGUUUCUACUCAACGGUGAUAAAUAGUUUACCAAAAUAUUUCCUUCCCAUUGUCUUGUAGGGGCAACUCCUAAAGGCGUUUUAAGAGUGAUGGGGGUACCUGGUCUUACCAUAUACCAUGUCAAAAGCCAUUUACAGAAGUAUCGACUUGCAAAGUAUUUGCCAGAAUCUCCAGCAGAUGGUUCUAAAGAUGAGAAGCGAAGCUUAGAGAGUCUCUCUGGAACAGAUUCCUCUUCGGGCCUGCAAAUUAACGAGGCGUUGAGGAUGCAAAUGGAGGUUCAGAAACGUCUUCAAGAACAGCUCGAGGUUCAGAGGCAAUUACAAAUGAGAAUAGAAGCUCAGGCGAAAUACUUGCAGAAGAUCAUCGAGGAGCAACAUAAAUUAGGCGGCGAAUUGAAAGACUCCAAGGUGUUGCCCUCAGCUGAGGAGGAGAAUAAGCAAAAGACUUGCCAGUCUGAGUCGUAUGACGAUGCAUCCGCAGGACCGUCAUCUCCCCGAAAGAAACAACGAGUCGAUUGUGGAUCGACAGAUGAUUCUGCCCCAUCUCCAUCUAUUAAUUUACCUGAACUUACCUGAAUAAAUUUGUGGUCGAUAGGACCGAGAAUUGUAUGAAAAGUAACCUCCAGACGGGUUUGCGUUAAGAGUUAAAAAUCAAAUCUCAGGAGAAAGAAGGCAGACCAGCUGUAUCGAGUGUACCUGUGAAGUUAAGAUUCAAUUUGUGGUUCGACGAGUACUGUGUUAUUGUCGACUUCGUGAAGUCGUCGAUGAUGUCUGUAACUUUUGUAUAUAAAUUUGCACAUUGAACCUAUUUGUAAACCUUAUUGAAAUACUCCUACAUUAGCAGUUUCUACUUUGCAGCAAAACACGCACGUUUUCUGCCGUUUUAUCAGUCGUGUAUUCGCUAAGCUGUUCGAUCGCCACGAACCCUCAUCAUCUCAUGAUAUUAUCUGUUUUAGGAGAAUGAGAUGAGUUUAUGAAGAAACUAUACCUUUUGGUGGGAUUCUAUU